CUUGUCCACGACGUCGCUAAACCCGCAGCUUUCCAAUAGUUCGAACACGAGGCAGGUCCUUUUCACCGCAGCAAACAUACGGAAAAUGGAGUGCCUCGAGGAUUUGCCGGCUCAAAUCGCCAAUUGCAUCCCAGGGAACGGGCUCCAGACGAGGGCGCCACCUGCCAGCUAUGUUGUCCACCAUCUGUUUGAUCAUAUGUAAACUUCUCUUCAAGCAUGAGGCAACGGCGUUCUUUUGCUAUCCUCAGUAUAGAUAUCUAUAUCACGACCAUCCGGUUAGUAAAGUAGGAGAUUUGAGGCAAGUGACUGAUCAUAGAUCUAUUAUGCAAUCGAUUAUUUGCAGUUGGAAUUAUAGAUUAAAAGAUCAUUAUUCUUGCUGGAGUUUGUAAGUUCCCUUCAUACCAGUCGCAACUUUACCAACUACGGACCUGGGUAUCAGGCUGAAAAGGGCAGGCAGUAUCCGAUUCCUCACACGGACGAGCUUUUCUUUUGUUCGAACCCGUUGGUGCGGAGCACCGAGUUGGCCAGCAGUUCUUCGUCGGCCACACAGCCUGCUACGGAGCUCUAUGAGAGGGAAAAGUGCACUCACACUCAAGAAAGUUGCUACUUUCGUACUUGAAUCCUAUGCAAGUUCUUGAGUGUGAGUGCACUUUUUCUUUUCAGAAUCUCAGUGGUGGCUUUACUGCGGCAAGUGCUGGAGUGCCUGGACAAGGGAAUGCUGGAAUGCCUCCUGGGACAGGCGCGAGUAGUGCGGGGUCCGCUUCUGCGAAUGUUGCUGCAGGAUCUUCAGGGGCGACCGCGUACGGAGAGCACUUGCAAUCCGGCAAAAAGAGUCUUUCAUCGUUGCUCAGUGAAACAGGGAGUCUGCGACCCUCGAGCGCCAAGUCAGACGCCAAAGGCAGUGAGGCAGGGAUGGGUAAUCUUUCAUUUGUGGUUUCAGCAUGAUGAAUAGGUUCACUUGAUUUCAACAUGAUGGAUACGGACUGGAAAUUCACAUUCAGCUUUCUUUGGCUAAAGUUGUCUUAUGACUUACUAUUUAUCUUCUGCUUCUGCAGCUUCGCGUCCCGGGUCUCGAGCAGGUACUCAAGAUGAGCUUGUCCUGAUGGACUACAAUCGGGUCCAGACUCUGGCUCACCAGCGUUACCAGGCUUUCAAUCGUGGCAAAGGAGGACGCUUGCAGAGGACCAUGAGCGAUCAAGACGGCGGGCCUCCCGGGGGGCAGGCGCCCGGAGGACAGUCGCAUCCCGCAGCUGGUGGCCAGCCGCAACAGCACCUCGGCGGCGCUGCAAUGGUGCCACAACAACACCUCGCGGGUGUGCAGCAGUCUGGCGGUCUCGUUGGACCCGCAGCCAAUGGCGCAACUGUCAGCCACCUCGUAAAUAGUGGUAUGCAGCAAGGGGACCAGCGUGUGGACCCAGCCAGAGCGCCGACAACGAUUCUAUUACAAGGCUUACACGCAUUCACGAAGUACAGCGUUGAAGAGGUCGCGCAAAUGAUCAUGAAAGUUAUGGCUAAAGUGGAUAUGCAGCUGUACUCAUGUACUAGUACCAUGAACUUAUCUCCAUGAUCAAACUAUCAUCUACAUUCAUAAGAUAGAAAUAGGAAUACACUUCAUGGAAAGCUACUCUAAAAUUGGGGAUGUGGUGGCGAAAGAGCCACUGCGGAAGGUACUUCACGAGACCAACUCCGAUCCUUGCCGAUGCGCCAAGGAGUACGCAAAUUUGAUCCUGAAUUGCCAUGCAAUCGUCGACGCCUACAACGUGCAGCAGUUCUAUCACCGACUGCCGGUGCCCAUGGGUCCUGGAGUACUUCUGUGUUUUUCUCUGUGAUUCACUUACAGCUUCUCUUUUGGACUACCCUUUGUUGGCGGCCGAUUACUGAUGAUUUGGUAUUAUUUCAACUAAAUUGUCAUUCUCUGUCAGAGUGCGACCGGGGUUCAAGGCGUCACUGGAAUGGGUCAGACAAGUAUCGGCCAAAAUAUGAACGCUUUUAACACCAGUAUGAAUAGUGGCAAUAGCAUGGUGCCGGUCAGCAACGUUCAAAAUUUGAUGGGUGGCGGUCAGAAUUUGAUGGGAGGCGGUCAAAAUUUGAUGCAGCAGACACCUAAUAUGUCGCAGCCUGGCGCACAGCAACUAUCGGGUAUGCAGCAACCAGUGGGGAUGCAACAGGCGGCGCUACAGCAAGCGGGGACACAGCAAGCAACCAUGCAGCAGACAAACCUACAGCAGUCAGGGAUGCAGCAGCAGCAGCAGCCUGGAAUGCAGCAGCCUGGAAUGCAGCAGGUGGCUAUGCAACAAGCGACUAUGCAGCAAGCGACGGGCAACAUCCAGCAAGCGGCGAUGCAGCAGGCAGCCGCGCAGCAAGCGAGUAUGCAACAGAACGGCAUGCAGCAGGUGGGCAUGCAACAGGCAGCCAUGCAACAAGCAGGCAUGCAGCAAGCGGGAAUGCAGCAAACGGGAAUGCAACAAGCAGGCAUGCAGCAAGCGGGAAUGCAGCAAACGGGAAUGCAACAAGCUGGCAUGCAGCAGGCAGGCAUGCAGCAGCCGGGAAUGCAGCAAGCGGGCAUGCAGCAAGCGGGAAUGCAACAAGCAGGCAUGCAGCAAGCAGGCAUGCAGCAAGCGGGAAUGCAGCAAGCGGGAGCAGCACAGCAGGCAACUAUUCAACAGGCGAAUAUGCAGCAGACAGGGCUGCAGCAAGCAGGUGUGA